UAUUCCUGUUUCGAAAAGAACGGAGUUUUUCUUGAGGUUAUAAUUUUAGAAAAUUGUGUGCAGUCUCUACAAAUAGUCCUACCGUCAACUUUUAAUUUUCCUUGCUUCGUUACAGUUAGCAAAACGCUUUUGUGACUGUAGUAAUUGUUGAAAAUUGAUGUGAUUGGGACCAAGAACAUAAAAUAUAGGAUUUUUAACGUCAGACAAAAUCAAUUUAAUAAACGCGAGGGAACGUGUGUGCAAAUUUCGCAUCAACUUUAUCGUCAAUUUAUUGUUGUUGUUUUUUGUUUGUUUUUGUUGCCCGUGUUCUAACCAACAAUCAUGAAUAAAAGUUGGCAAGGAAAAGCUGUUUCUAUCUAUUGUGGCAACUCGUUGGGCGUUUUUCAAGGAAUAAUUAAAGACGCAAACAACACCAAACUCACAAUUGUCAAUACUUUUGUGAAUGGGCUGCCACUGCGAACCAUGGAUACGGAGGUCACGAUCAAGGCUGAAGACAUAAUCAGGCUUGAAUUUAUUCCUCCUCCAAAUAGUGAGGUUAAUGGUGCGAACAAAGUGGAACAACAGUCGAACGGCGAAAGUUCGCUAAAUCACAGAAUGAAAGACAUUAAAAUCUCCAAAACAUCAAAGUCUCCUACGAAGAUGAAGCCCAUCUCACCACCAAAAUUCAAUCAUGCAUUUGGAAAUAUGAUUCCUGCCAAAGUAGAGGUCAAGUUAUCUGGAACCUAUUUCGAAGAGCAACGUAAUGCCAGAAGUAAACCAAUUGACAUCAAACAACCCUCAUCGCUGACAAACCAACACACUAACGGCUCCAGUUUAGCUUCAUUUAAAAGCGAAAAGCGAAAGUGUAAUCAAUUGCGACGAAUCGCCCAUAAUUCCAAUACGUUCGAUACGCCUAUAGACCACGGAGUGUUGCAAUCGGACUUUGACUUUGAGAAAAAUCUGGCACUUUUCGACAAACAGGCGAUUUGGGAUGAAAUCGAUGCUAUACAAAAGCCAGAUCUACUUCCACAAAGUUGUUCCAAUAAAUCGAAAAACUAUCGUCACGACGAAAACAUUCUUUCCUCAAAACCAACGGGAUUGCGUCAAAUUUCGACCGGCUACCAAUGCAUUCAAGAAUUUGCAACUGACGACGAUUUGGUCAUCCCAUCUAUUCCAGUAACGAUGCGAUAUGUCAUUCAACGGAAUGCCGAAGCUAUGGGCCUAACGAAGGAACGACAGACUGAUAUGCUAGCAAGGGGAGCUACCGAAUUGGCAAUAUUGUUAUUGGGCGGUGCUAGGCGACUGGUUCCUAUGAAUCAACACCAGUGGCCAACCAUUUUGAUUAUAUGUGACGAGCCGUACAACGAGGAGUUGAGUGAAGUUGGACUGGCGACUGGAAGAAUAUUGGCUUCCCAUGGAUUGAAAAUCUUAGUUUCCGUCGGCCUUGAAAAGAAGAGCACUCGAAAGAGCAAUGAAUUGCAGCUAUUAAAAGGCUGCAAAAACGUAAAGUUGAUUACUACUCCGUUCUCAGAAGUGCCACCAUGCGACCUGGUUAUUUUGGCUAUAAAAUCUAAAAUUCCGAGUCCGCAGAUUACAAAAUGGAUUAACGUUAACAGAUCUCCAAUUACACUUGCUAUUGAUCCACCGGCCACUGGCAUUCAAAACAUUACGAUAAAAUACUCGAUACUUCCAAUUUUACCAAUUGACGGUGUUGCUGCUUGUGGCAAACUAUAUUUAUGUAACCUAGGUAUUCCGGGCAGUUGCUUUUCGGACGCUGGCAUAAAGUACGAAAGUCCAUUCGGUCAUAAGUUUGUGAUUCCGUUGCACACUCUUUGUGGAGAUGAGUGAAUAGUGACUUUCUUUUCGUGUGAAAAUGUUUCAUUGACGUACGUCCAAACUGCAACAGAUAUGUUCUCAAUGUUAAAAUUAUUAAAUGCCUGGAGUUCAAAACGAAA